GGAGCUGGAGGAAGCGCCGGACGACGACCAGCCGCAGGAGGCGGGCGGCCCGGGCCCAGGCCCCGCCCAGGCUCCGAAGCUCCGGGCUGCGGGCGGAUGGAUGGGGCGUCUUCAGGCGGCGGCGGCAGCGGGGAAGGCGGCGGCGGCGGCGGCGGCGGCUAUGGUGUGGUGGCUCGAUUCUCCCAGUGCCUGGCUGAGUUUCGGACGUGGUUAAGAACCAACUGGUUGAGGUUCAAUGCAGACAAGACGGAUGUGAUGCUGAAAAUGUGCAUCAGAUGUUUAUGUUUAAUUGGUUUACAGACUGUCUAUGGACUCUUUUCCUGUCAAAUUACCAGCCAUCUGUUGAAUCUUCAAGUCCAGAAAUGGAUGAAAUGUUUGACUGCCAGUGAGAGCACAGGGGGUUCAGCAACAUCAGAUGACCAUGAAUUUGAUCCAUCAGCUGACAUGCUGGUUCAUGAUUUUGAUGAUGAACGAACAUUAGAAGAGGAAGAAAUGAUGGAAGGAGAAACAAACUUCAGUUCUGAAAUAGAGGAUCUUGCAAGGGAAGGUGACAUGCCAAUUCAUGAACUGCUCAGCCUUUAUGGUUAUAACAAUGCUGUUCGACUGCCUGAAGAAGAUGAUGAAGAGGAGGAGGAGGAGGAGGAGGAAGGUGAUGAUGAUGAGGAUGCUGAGAAUGACGACCACAGUGGUUGUAGUGCGGAAAAUAAGGAAGAGAAUAUAAAGGAUUCAUCAGGACAGGAGGAUGAAACUCAGUCUUCCAAUGAUGAUCCAUCACAGUCUGUUGCUUCUCAAGAUGCCCAAGAAAUAAUCCGUCCACGUCGAUGUAAAUAUUUUGAUACAAAUAGCGAAAUAGAAGAAGAAUCUGAAGAAGAUGAAGAUUAUAUUCCAUCAGAAGACUGGAAAAAGGAGAUUAUGGUCGGCUCCAUGUUUCAAGCAGAGAUUCCAGUGGGCAUUUGUAAAUACAAAGAGAAUGAAAAAGUAUAUGAAAAUGACGAUCAGCUCCUGUGGGACCCGGAAUACUUACCCGAAGAUAAAGUGAUUGUGUUUCUUAAAGAUGCUUCUAGAAGAACAGGUGAUGAGAAAGGUGUAGAAGCAAUUCCUGAGGGAUCUCAUAUAAAAGACAACGAACAGGCUUUGUAUGAGUUGGUGAAAUGCAAUUUUGACACAGAAGAAGCAUUGAGAAGAUUAAGAUUUAAUGUAAAAGCGGCUAGAGAGGAAUUAUCUGUUUGGACAGAGGAAGAGUGUAGGAAUUUUGAGCAAGGGCUGAAGGCCUAUGGAAAGGAUUUUCAUCUGAUUCAGGCUAAUAAAGUUCGAACAAGGUCAGUUGGUGAAUGUGUAGCGUUCUAUUACAUGUGGAAAAAAUCGGAACGUUACGAUUUCUUUGCUCAGCAAACACGAUUUGGAAAAAAGAAAUACAAUCUUCAUCCUGGUGUAACGGAUUACAUGGACCGUCUUCUGGAUGAAAGUGAAAGUGCCGCUUCUAGUCGCGCCCCCUCUCCUCCCCCCACCGCCUCCAACAGCAGCAACAGCCAGUCCGAGAAGGAAGACGGCGCCCUUGGCAGCAGUAACCAGAAUGGUGUACCAUCUAAUGGAUCAGGCGAAAUACUGAACAAAGAAGAAGUGAAAGUUGAAGGGUUACAUGUCAACGGACCAACAGGGGGAAGUAAGAAACCACUCCACGCAGAUACAGACACGAACGGCUAUGAAGCAGACGACCUUCCCCCUGACCCCAAACUUGCUCACAUGACUGCGAGAAAUGACAAUGAUUUUGAUGAGAGAGGUGAGAGACCUGCCAAAAGGCGAAGGGUAAACAGCAGUGCGGAAGAAAGCCCGGGUUCCUCUGAAUUUUUCCAAGAAUCAAUCUCACAUGGAAAAUUGGAAGAACUUGAAAAUGCAGAUGACUGAAUUUUAGAUCUUCAUUUUCCUGUCUCUGGAGUAAAUUCUGGUGUGACUAAAAUUUUCAGGGUUGAUGGGUUUCCUUAAAAAGUUGAUUUUCUUCAAGUAGUUGGUUAAAAUUCGAAAACUGAAUUGGGUCCGACUUUAAUAACAUUUCUUAAUUCUGCCUUUUGCAAAUAUUUUAUUUUAGAAUUGCCAGAUACCCUUUUAAGGAUAUAAAAAAAUAAUAAAUUGAAACGAACUAGAGAUAGAUCUAUACCUUCUUAUUUGAUGUAUUAAUCAUAAAAUUCCACUGCAAGGUAAUUUUUGCUUAAAUUGAUGAAGGAAUGGAAAAAAUCAAGUCCAAAUUUCUACUUAGCACCAGUUUUUUUUUUAGUUUUGUGAAAUGUUUGUCUUCGUAACAGACAUUUUUUUCUCUGUACAAAUAUUAUUAAGGAAACCCCGUGAAUCCUGAAAGUUAUGCUAGCAUGAUUUUUUUUAUAUAUAGAAAUUUUAAAAUAAACCAAGUCAGGUUUGUAUAUGUAAAAUUGUUGACAUCAAUGAUGUCUUUCCAUAUUCUUAUCUGGGCUUAAGAAAUACAUUCUGUAUUUUUCCAGAUUCUUUGUAGCCUUUGAAAGAUUUUUACAGUACAUAUGUCUUGACUGAGCUGUCCUUUCUUAAUACAAAAGCUUGUAUAAUUUUCUUAACUUGUACAGUUGGUAAACUUUUAUGAGAGGAAUUGAUAUUCUGAGUCUGUCAGCUUUCAUUUUAUUUUGCUAAGUUUUUCUAAUGAAUUUUUAAAGUGUUUGCAUAACUAAGUCUUGUUUCUUAUCCAGAAGCAUUCAUAAACGAUUGUGAAAAUUUGUCUUUUCAGAUUUCUACUUAAGGUCAGAUAAUUUCAGAAUUCUUAAAUUUAGCAUGAACUUAGCUUGCUCAGUUUGGUUUGCGUUUGUUAUAAUUUCCGAAAUUAUUUUGAAGCAAAACAAGUUUAGUGUCAGCUUAAAUGUAUCAUGCUGACCAGAAUCCUGUUUAGUUAUUUUUAUAUGCAUUAUAGAAUUUCUCAUUUUUGCAUUAAAUAAACAGAAGGGAAACUGUCAAGUGCUGCUUAGACACUGGCACGCACAGGAGUAACUGGGCAGGCAGGAACGUCUAUGGGGAGAAAGCGAUGGAGUCUGAAAAUUCUUUACACCAGUUAAAAUCCAGACACGAUAACCAUUGCUCUACGUGAUUACAAAUAGAAGAUUAUCCAUGUGCAUAGCAUUGUAAGAGUGCCAUUUUAUUUUUAGUGCUAAAUUCUUGUUAAAAAAUGUAGUUUUAUAAAGCUGAUAGACCAACCUAUAUCCAAACUUUUAUAAAAGGCUCUUAGUUAAUUCUUGUUUUUCUCACACAGGCAUACUCCAAAUGCUUCUUCCAGUUAAUUUUCAGCCACCAGUUCAAGAGCCACUGCCUUUUUGAAAUAAAUCUUCUGUCUUCUUGUUUUUAGUGGCUCAGCUGUCUAAUGCAGUUGAUUAGAGGUUUGCACUGAGAAAUUAUCAUUUAGGCCUUACCCCCAUGAAGUAUUAUUGUUAACAUGUUCACACUGCUUCUCUUCACCAGUGUGAACAGUUUUUUUCUCAGUGUUAAAAGCCACUUUACAGCUUUCAACUUCAUGUAAUGUACAUUCACUAUUACAUACACAUCCAAGUAAAUCAGAAAUGUACAUUCACUGUUGUAUACACGCCCAAGUAAAUCAGAGUUUGGGUGGAAAUGUGGACAAGUGUGAGUUUUUGCUUAUCCAGGAUGGCAGCUAUGUUAGCAGGUGUGUUCAGAUCCAUUUUAUAAAUUAGAUUUGAUUAAACGAAUCCAAAGUAUCCUAGCUCUUUGUCAAAGGUGGUCUGUGAACAUGGUUUUAAGAUGAGUUAUGCUAUACUUCUUAAGUUGUUGCAAUAUUAGAGAUACCAUUUUCACCUUUUUUAAAAGAUACAUUUUAUUUGCAGGUUUGUGAAGUUCUUGCAAACUACUAUAAGAGGAACAUUUUAAGUAAAUUCUCUCAGGCAUGUUUGCAAAUAUAGCACAUGUAUACAUGUUAGGAAAUUUUACUUUUCUUAAUCUUUUUAAAAUUAUACCUAAUGAAAGACAUUCCACUAUUAUGCAAUGCUCAGCUUUUUGUAAGGAGAUAUUUAACUGUAUUUUGUGUUUAUACAGGUAUUUCACAUAGGACUUUUGCUCUUCAUAAUGCAGCCACUAUAACUUGAUAAGUCAUUGCACUAUUUAAAAAUUCUGGGUGAUAUCAUGAAUUUUAUUUAAGACGCAGUACAUUUCAGAGCUCUUAAACUCUUGACAAAUUGUGUUGAGAAAGAAGUCCUUGUUAAUACUUAAGCCCCCUUGGCUCAGCACCUGUACCUCAGCGGCUGGGGCACCAGCCACAUAACACCAGAGCUGGUGGGUUGGAAUCCAGCCCAGACCAGCUAAACCACAAUGACAGAUGCAACCAAAAAAUAGCCGGGUGUUGUGGUGGGUGCCUGUAGUCCCAGCUACUUGGGAGGCUGAGGCAAGAGAAUCGCUUAAGCCUAAGAGUUUGAGGUUGCUGUGAGCUGUGACGCCACGGCACUCUCUCUAUCUGGGGUGACACAGACUGUCUCAAAAAAAAAAAAAAAAAAAAGCCGCCCCAUUUCAUUUCCAUCCCCAGCAGAGCACUGUCAUUUCAUUUGGAAUGGCAUUCCGUUUCGUGAUGUGUUUCAAACGGAGUUCAGAAUCUGCAUCUCAGUUCAGCAUAAAUCUGUUGAGCUUUAAAAUGUAUUUGAAGUAAUAUUUAAAUAGGCAUUUAAAAUUAUGAAUUAGAUGUUUUUAAAUUUAUGCAUAGUAAUUUUGCACUGUAAAAUAACUCCCUCCCCAUUCCUUGUCUGCCAUUCUGAAUGUGCUUAUUAAAAUAUUUUUUUUAACAUACUUGCCUACAUAAUGCUCUGUGAACGUUUUCAUUGGGUUAAUGUGGUAUUAGAGAUCAAGUGUGUGAUGCACAUUGCCUACCAGGCAGACAGACACGCAGUCCCUGUCCCGCCCCCCCAGACACAGUGCACGGAGCAGACACGCAGUCCCUGUCCCCGCCCCCCCCAGACACAGUGCACGGAGCAGACACGCAGUCCCUGUCCCCGCCCCCCCAGACACAGUGCACGGAGCAGACAUGCAGUCCCUGUCCCCGCCCCCCCAGACACCGUGCACAGAGUAGUUGCCUGUUGUUCCUGGUCCCCUUUAUCUCAUCUUGGGUGAUGUAUUUUUGUCUUUUUCCCCCCAAAGAGAUUGACCCAUUUCUCUUUGGACUAUAUAAUUAAAACUAAUUUCUUCCCUUCUUUUGCGGUGGAGUUGAUAUCACUUUAUAUUUUGUAAAAUAAAACUUGUUUUGUCACAAUAUU